GGUAGCUGAUGUGGUUAGUUUGAAUUGAGCAAAUUCACUUUUAUUAUAAGAGAUCUUACUAAUUAAUUUGUUAUCUACUCCCUAACAAGUCAGAUUUCAUGUUUAGUUGUAAAUGAAGAAUCUGGAUCUGUUAUCAAAACAAAGGUCGCUUUAUUCAGAUCUGAAGAAGAAGAAGAAUAGUCAUUCAACUGUGUCAAGGUCUCUGAUUCGAAUAUGUCUUCAACAACAACAGAUUCUACAGAAUUGCAAAAUCUUAUCCAACGGUUUCAAAAUUACAAACCUCAUCCUCUACCACAUCCUCCUGCAAAAUCUUCAGCUGUCUUAGUUUGUCUAUACCAAGAACAAAGAGAAGACAAGAAUGAGCUACGAGUAAUCUUAACCAAACGCUCCUCUACUCUCUCUUCUCAUCCUGGGGAGGUAGCAUUGCCUGGAGGAAAAAGAGACGAAGAAGAUUCAGAUGAUGUAGCUACUGCGUUGAGAGAAGCUCGUGAAGAAAUCGGUCUAGAUCCUUCUCUUGUUACAAUCAUUUCUGUUCUUGAACCAUUUGUUAACAAGAAGGGAAUGUUGGUUGUACCAGUUAUCGGUUUCCUACUCGAUAAGAAAGCGUUUAGACCGUUACCAAAUCCAGCUGAAGUGGAAGAAAUCUUCGAUGUUCCAUUAGAGAUGUUCCUGAAGGACAAGAAUAGGCGAGCGGAGGAACGAGAGCACGAAGGGCAUAAGUAUCUUCUUCAGUACUUCGAUUACUAUUCCGAAGAUAAAGAGAGAAACUUUAUCAUAUGGGCAAUCACUGCUGGUAUUCUGAUAAGAGUUGCCUCCAUUGUUUAUCAGAGAUUACCAGAGUUUGAAGAACGUAAGCCAAGAUUCUGGAAUCAUCGCAAUUGAUUCUUGACUUCAUCUUAUUGAAAAAAUGAAACUUUCAUGUAUAAUAAGGGUUACAAAUCGAAUCUUCUCAGUGUGUAGAAGCAUAUGUUAAAUGUGUUUCAAGAAUCUGUAUUUACUCUA